CUGAGCCCCGGUUCGGGGAGGGGGAAUCGGCGCGCUCCGGGGCUGCGCCCAGGCUGCGGUGGAGCUCGAAGAACAGCCGGGGGGGGGUGCUCCUCCUUGCAGCCUCCUUCCCCGUCGAGAACAUCCAAGAUGCUUUCUUGGAAUGGGGGACGAGCGUGGUCCUGUGGCCUGCUCGGCAGGGAUGUUGUACAGACAAUGCCUGGUGGUGCUGCGAGCUCAGAACGUGCACAGGGGGCGACUGCGGUCCUUGGCCACGUCUCAUUUGAGGGCCUAACUGGAACGAGGCUCAGCCCUGGCCCCAGCACUUCCUUUCCAGGCCUCAGUUAAAGCUCUCUGGGCAUGUGCAGAGCGAACCUCUCUUCGGCCCCGCCCCUUGCCAAAUCUAAAUCAGAAGGUAGGAAUUUGCGUUUUGGAGACCUCUUUUCUCCCAGCCCCUUGGCACGAGUGGCCCUAAAAUUCCUGUUUCACCCCACCUAUUAGCCCCAAGAUUGCUGUCUGUGACUACUGAAAACGAGGACUUUCCGGUCCAGACUUGCAUUCAGAUCCAUCCUCCAUGCCGAGAUUCUUGCAGACCUCGGCGCUUGGGUCGCUUGCCUGUUGUCCUCAGUUUCCCUCUUGCUGAUAAGCAGGAACGCUGGUGCUUCCCUCUGCCUGACUUGUGUGUGUCAAUCUCUCUCCACAAAGUGCUGCCAGCAGAGAAACAAGACAGGUCUCUGAGCCGAAUGGAGUCGGUGGACACUUCAUUUAUUUGCAGUGACUUUCCCUGUUUCCCCUCAAAGCCAGUCCAAAGCAGGACUUUCUGUUCUCUUUCCUCCGAACCCAGAGAUUACCCAAAGAGGCCGGCCUUGGAAACCUGAUCAAGCGGCCAGAACCACCCCGUGCAAUCUGCUGAAAUGACACGUCCGCACAAGCCUGUUUUUCAGAGAUGUUAGUGCUGGGUGGGCAAUUCUCAGCAGACAGAAUUGCAAAAGGCUCUUUGCUUACUUGGGCAGGUUUUAAUUUUUAACUGUUUUGCAAAGCCCAGCUCACAUAGUGAGCACACAACAUGGGUCAUCCUUGCGCCAACAUCAAAUUGCCUUGGCUGCGUGGUUCUUCUGCACAGCCGGUAUUUGUUCUUCCUAAAAUGUGAUUACUGUACAUUGCCUUCUUUUGAAGAGGCUAUUUAAACAUGCACAUGUAUUAUUAAGAACACAAGAACGACUUGGCUGGGUUUAGUCCACCAUCCUGUUUCCAAUAACUGGCCAGCCAGAUGGCAGACAUGAUGUAAUCACCAUCCCCCAUUGCCCCUCUUCAGCAUUUGGUGUUCAGAGAGACUGCGGCUGAGGUUGGAGGCUCCAUUUAGGUUUGCAGUUCAGCUAUGGACAGAUCCUUCCUCCUGGGUUUUGUGUGACUGGUGUAGAUUGUACUUUACACCCCCACACGCUCAAUGGAUUCUCUGCAUGGGAAUUUCUCGGACUGUCCCAACGGCUCCCAGUGGGUGUGGGAGAUCUUUUCUGAAUGUGCUCGAGAUGGCAGGGACAUCGCCAGCGUGGUGCUGGGCCUGGUCUCCAUUGUCUGCUUUGCUGCGGCAGCUUUCCCCCAAUUUUACCAGGCGUGCAAAACAGGCAUCAUGGAUCAGGCCCUGUCCAUCUACUUCCUCUUGGGAUGGCUGGGAGGAGACUUGUUGAACUUCAUUGGAUCACUCUUGGCUAACCAGCUCCCACUGCAGGUUUACACAGCCAUCUACUACGUCUUGGCUGACCUUCUCAUGAUCUCUCUCUACCUGUACUACAAAAUUAAGAACCAGAACAGAGGCUUUUCUGCCCCCAUUAAUGCAGCCUUCGCCUUUGUUUUGCUGGGAACGGUGUCGACAACAUUCUUGCUGGGCGGACCCGCGCCUCCUAGCAGCAAGGGAAUGCACGUGUUCCAGGGAAGGUUGCUUCUCUCUAUCGAGACCGAUGAAACUCUGUGGGAGCCCUUCACCAAGAAGGAAAUUGUUGGUUUUGUGAUUGGAUCCGUUUCAUCGCUGCUGUACCUGCUCUCUCGAGUCCCCCAGAUCUACACAAACUUCAAGAGGAAAUCCACCACGGGCAUCUCCUACUCCCUCUUUGCCCUGGUGAUGCUUGGGAACACACUGUACGGCGUGAGCGUCUUGCUGAAAAACCCAGACCUGGGUCAGAGUGAGGGCAGCUACGUGAUCCACCACCUCCCCUGGCUGAUUGGCAGCUUAGGGGUUCUCUCUCUAGAUGUCUUUAUUUCUCUCCAGUUCCUUGCCUACCGGCAGCCGACACCUCCGUUGCUUGAAGAGAGAGACGCUCUUCUCGGGAAACAAGAGGAGCCCCUUGACAGCUGACAGAUGUGACCGUAAACAAGGAAGAGGAUGCUGACAGAAGAGUGCAGCUAGCACCAUCGUGCUGGAGGAACCCAGGAAAAAAGGGAUUUUGGACUGCCCGGCCUCAGAUGUCUGUUCAUGCCUUCUCUAUCCCUUCCAAGGCCAAAGCCAGGUCCAAAGGGCAGCUCUACAGAACUCCUUGCCUUUUAGUGGGCAGCUUCCUUAUUUAUCAAAAAAAUUACCCAAACACGGUCUGAGCUGCAUGUGGAGGAGGGACGAAUUGCAGGAUUGUAGGGGUCAUAUUUCUAGCAACGGAGUGGAAGCACAAACAGGCACUCACUACUGGUGCCAAGGGUGGAAGCCGGCUUUUCAGGGAUUUCUCUCUUCAAUCACGUUCCACCUCUUUGUUCAGGCUAGCUAAAUGUAUAAGGGACAGGGGCAUCUUUUGUGCAUGUGUGGGAUGUUCCUUUUGUAUACUUCAGGAUAUAUACAACUGGGAGCAGAGGAAAAAUAAAGGGCUUUUAAGUCUUUCCCCAGAAGAAAUGUUUGCAUCCCUAAAA